AUGGAGAACAAAGUAGAAGAUGCUGGAGCUGUUUUCGUCGAUUUAGAAAAAGUGCACGACCCUGAAACAAAACAGAUAUUUGAUUUUGGAGAGAAAAAGAAAAAAAAGAAAAAAAAGGAAGUUACGGAUAGGAUUGAAGAAGUAAUUAUUGAUGGGACUGGGAAGGUAUUUGAAAGAGGAGCAGUGUAUCCAUAUGAAGAAUUAUUACAUAGAAUUCAAGAUUUAGUAAAUAAGCAUAAUAUAGAUUUAUGUAUAUCAAAAAAGUACACAAUUAAACCACCACAAGUUGUUAGAGUUGGCUCAAAAAAAGUGGCAUGGAUUAAUUUUAAAGAUAUAUGUACAAUUAUGAACAGAAAUGAAGAACAUGUUUUUCAUUUUGUCUUAGCCGAAUUAGGAACAGAAGGUUCUAUAGCAGGAGAAGGACAAUUAGUACUAAAAGGAAAAUAUGGACCCAAACAUAUUGAAGCUUUGUUAAGAAAAUAUAUAACUGAAUAUGUAACAUGUCAGAUGUGUAAAAGUCCAAAUACAACAAUGGAGAAAGAUAGUAGGACUAGGCUGUUUCAUCAGCAUUGUAAUGCCUGCGGAGCCAAAAGAUCCGUCACGACUAUUAAGAGUGGAUUUCAUGCCCUUGGAAGAGGAGAAAGAAGAAAAGCAAAACAUACCAAUUAA